AUUCUUUUCACGCCGGUGUGGUAGCAGCUCAAGAAAUUUCGAGAUUUAUACUGUGGCGGAAAACAGCAACAGACAAUAAUGGCAGAUGUGAAGAAAUUGGUGUUUUCCAUAAUGAGGUUCAUGGAGGAUCAGAAAGUAACUGGGGAUCUGGAUGAAGACUCCCUGGAGAGUCUUGAAGUUGGACUGCAGUGUCUGUCAAAUGCUUAUGGGCUGGAUAUGGCAGACCCAAGUCAGAUUGCUAAGUACCAAGUACAGCGGAACCUCCUGGAUAUAUUCAACUCACAAAUUAGUCUAGAGCCCGAUUCUGAUUUUUCCACAUUAUCAUUACACGAGCCUACAGAAGAGGAGAAAUUACAAGCAGAGGAAAAGAAAGCAAAAGGAAAUGAAUUUAUGAAAGCUGAGAAAUAUUCGGAUGCCAUUGAGUAUUAUACACAAGCUAUUAAGCUUGACAACAAAAACCCAGUCUACUAUUGUAACAGAGCAGCAGCAUAUAGUAAAAUAAACAAACAUGACCUCACCAUAAAGGAUUGUCAACAAGCAUUAUCUAUAGACCCAUGCUAUAGUAAAGCCUAUGGAAGAAUGGGAAUUGCAUAUACAGCUGAAGAUGACCAUGAAAGUGCCCUAGAGUGUUACAGAAAGGCCCUUGAUCUAGAUCCUGGCAACCAGACUCAUCAAAAUAAUCUGGAAAUAUCUGAACAGAAAUUAAAAGAAAGGGCUGCACAGACUGGUUUUAACCUGGGAGCAGCAGGAAUGCCAGGCUUGCCUGGAAUGGACCUGGCUGCAAUGUUUAAUAAUCCAGCUAUGAUGAAUAUGGCUAGGACAUUCAUGCAAGACCCAGGACUGCAACAAAUGAUGACUAACAUGAUGUCGGGGGCCCAGGCAGGAGGCGGUCAAGGAAACAUGGGACUACUACAAGUGGGUCAGCAGCUAGCUGCUCAAGUACAGGAAAGCCAUCCUGACUUAGUGGCACAACUCAGGGAACAGAUGGGACGACCUAGUACAGACAACCCAGCUGACCAGAGUCAAGGAGGUAACCCACCACCACCUGAACCUCCUGCCCAGUAAUAUGAACAGACAGUUCUUGGAUCCAACUCGUCUUUUCCAGGCAUAAUCACCUACAAAUGACAUUAAAUGGGGUCACAUUUUAAAAAGAAUGAACCACAAUACAGAAGUAAUGUUGGCACAAUGUAAACAGAAGUCACAUGGUGUGGGUAAAUGACUAAGGACUAAAAAGAUUCCAAAUACACGGGUAAAUGGCCAUAGGACUAAAAAAAUUCAACUUAUGCCACGGUACUGAAAAGAUUCCAGCAUAAGCCACAAGACUAAAAAGAUUACUACAAGCCACAAAACUACAAAAGGAGUUUGAUGACUACGUAGUCAUCCUGGUCAUGUGACUCAAAAUGCCAGUCAUGUGACUCCAUUGCUGUCAUGACCAGAGUGUGUGUGUUUGAUGUGUUUGAGUACCUGUUGAGAAUAACUGAACCUCUGAUAAAAACCAUUUGAUGAUUCCACUGCAUGUCCACCAUUCACUUCCAACUUCAACAUGUUCCAGAUGAAAGUCUGCAAAAUACUGUGUGUACAUAAUACCGUUCACACCUUAUAUACUCAAUGAUGUAUACACUGAGCAUUGGUGAGUGAAUAUGGAUGGUUUCAAAUGGAAAAUUCUGACGUAUUUUUUUCAAAUGAUGAACAUUUAUUAUAUAAAGAUUCCAGUUAAAAAUUUGGUGGGCCAAUCCAAAGUCUGGUGAAAAGUUUGCCAUUUGUUGCCAUUUGGUGUAACAUUACAGAUUGUGUUUAAGUCCUACGGCAGUUUUCUGUAAUUGUAUUCAUUCUAAAGACUAGUCUAAUGCUUAAGUUUAUGAUAUGUUUUGGUAAACUGUCUAUCAUGUAUUGCGUUUAAAUUAAGUUUACAGUUUAUUUUGUGGUUUGUGAAUUGUUGUAGCGAAACGAUUUUACAGCCACCAUACUUUUACUUGUUUUUGGAGUGGUCCACUGAUAGCUUCUCAUGAUCUGGUAUCAGCCAUUUAUCUUACUGCCCAAAAGCAUUAGAUAUCUUGCAUAGAUGUUCAUAAUUAAGAUGUGGAUUUGUAUAUUUCUGUGUUAAGAGGUCUGUCAGAGAUGAAAUAAUUUAAUCUUGUUUCAAACCAACAUUUCUAUUGCUUAAAAUCAUCAAACAUAAAAAUGAUGUUACAUUACUUUUGAUUGGCUAGCUGUGGUGUUGAUUUCUUAAAUGUGAGAGUAUAUUUAAAGAAAGUAAAAAGGCUUUUAUAGUUUUAGAUAGAUUAAAUCAUUGGUAAUGUUUUAAAUGAUUUUAAGAACGUAUGGAUAGUAAUGAAUAGUAAACACAGUACACUCUUUUCACCACCCACUUAUUUAUAAUACAAUUCUGAUUCUUAUGUAAUUGGUCCAUAACAUAAAAAGGAAUUCAAAUCAGAUGUAUGUACAAGGUAUAUGUACUGAGAGCAUCUUCAUUUUAUCAAACAGUAUGUCCCUACUUCUUGCCUUCUGAAGCACAGCAAGGUAAUUUAAAGGUGCUAGAAUGUUUUUGUGUACCCUAAUCUAAGGUUUAUUAUUGUAGGCAGUAGGAAUCCACUAAAGACCAGAACUAUACACAUAAUGGUUUUCAAGGAUAACAAAUAAAAAUGGUAGGGAAUCAGCUGUUCAGUAUUAGGGUUAAUCACAACCAUUGUACAGAUAACGACAUACCUAUUACCGGUAACAUGAUGUUUUUUCAGAACUAGUUUGUCUUGGUGCAUAAUAAUAUAUAGUUAUAAAGGUACACAAUUUUCAAGGCUUACAUGUAUCUCAAUUGCUAUUGGUUAAAUUGUAAAGGACAGACACUACAAGAUUGUAAUCCUUCAUGCAAUACUUCUCGUAACGAUACACAAUGGAUUUAAGUUGUUAUUUCUGCUAAUACACCAAUAAUACUGACAUCUUUUUACAGAUAUCCUAUGCAGAAUAAAUUUUGAAAGAACCAUUUCUUGGUUACAUAGGCACGUCUGUCAGCAGCAUUCAUGAUGCUUAGACACUCUUUUACAUGCAUUUAUAUUGUACAAGUGAGGGCUGAUAGGGGCUUUGCUGCUGUCCAAUUCCUAUUGUAUAUAUCUACGCAUAUACCAUAAAACAUAAUACGAUGUGGAAUAUGUGUGUCAAGAAACUUAAAUGUUAAACCAGAGGAUAAAGUGCUACUUAAGAAACUGUGUUACCAUAGAUACAGUAAUGCCAUGAGAAUUUGGGUUACCAUGGAAACAGUGACAUUGUUUAAAAAAUGUGAAUAUAGUGUUACUGUGAUAAUUCUGUUACCAUAUAUACAGUUAACAUACUGUGAUACCAUGGAAACAUAACAGAACUGUGUUACCAAGGGCAUAGUGUUCUUUAAUUUCCAUAAAUGUAUUGUUAUGUCAUGACUAUCGUGUUAAUCUAUAUGGUUUUAUUAACAUAUUACAUUUUCAUCGCUAACUACAAAUUACUGCUACAAUAUAACAGGAUCAAUCAUGUGUUAAGUAUGAUCUGGUAAUGAUAUAUUACUGCAUGGGCAUUGUAUGUGUUAUUGUGGUGACAGAUAAUCCAUAUCCAUUUACCUGGCUUUCAAGGUCACACUUCAUGAAAUUUGUGAUUGUUUGUUAAAAUCUGCAUACAGAUAUUUAGAAAAAUUUGCUGUUUAUAAGAAUUUAUUUGAUUUUGCACAGAAAUCAAUAAAUGUAUUAAGUAGAAUGUUUUUCAAAUACAUGUGGAUAAAUUUGUGUUCAUUUCUGCUGGCAUACCCUGAAAGUUUUUACUUCAGAAAAAUAUCUAAGGACAUAAAAAUUAGAAACACUGCACACACAAAAAGGUUUGGUAUUGGGUUUUCGAUAUUUCAUGUAUUAAGAAGCUUUUUUUCUUCAAAAAAUUGAUUUUUUUAUGUAGCUUAGAGAGAUUGAAGUGUUGAGUCUUUCCUGUCUUGAACAAGAGUGUGUCAAGCUUGAAAGUCAUUUUUUGUUUUGAAUAGAUGGAUUGAUAAUUAUUAUCUACAAAUGAGCUAUUUCAUAAUAGACAUUAUAAAGUAAAAUAUAUAUUCCAAAUUAAAAUAUCUAUAAAACAUUUCAAAUAGGUUCAAUUUCAUUUUGAAUUAAAAAGUCUCAUACAGAAGUUGCCUUUUCAAAUUCUAUUUUAUCAUUGCUGUCUUAUAUAUGCAGGGAUUUCAUGUCAUAAAUUCUACUACAGUGUAUGUAUAUAACAAAUUGAUAAUAAAUGCCUUUUUAAAAAAAUAUUUUUUCCUGAAAAUGUUUAUUUAUAAUUCAUGUAUAAUCAUGAAUAUUGUGAAAUGUAUCAGCUUGUCUUUCAUUCAUUUUUCAAGAAACAAGAUGGGUUUUAAUUAUUGGUGGUUGUGUUCACACAUAUAUAUUACUUAGUGUUCCCAUUAUGUAAAUCAGAAAAAUUACAGAGAAUGGGUUUAUCUGGUACAGAUUUAGUAUUAUUUAAUUUGGUGUUACAUGUAAUUUAGGUCAAGAAAAUGUGUUCUGGAAUCUUUGUUCAGAAAUUCACAGGUAGACAAAACUUUAAGAACAUUCAUUAACAUAUGUAAAAAUAAGCUCAUAAAUGUACAUAACAGCAUUUGUAUCAGGAAGACUUUAGAUAAGAGAAAACAUGAAAUGAAGGAUUGGACAACUUUUUUUUAUUUUUCCCACAGGAAAUCAGAUUCCAGUUUCAGGUGAGGGCUUGUAUAGACUUUGCCUGCCGUCAUUUAUGAAAUGUGAAAAGAAAUGAUAUACAUAAUUUUUCAUUCAAUGUAUAUUUUAUUUCAAAGCUUCAUGGUGAUUUUUCUAUUACUAUAUGACGUGUUUUUGAAUUUCAACCUAUCGAUGGAUACAAUUAGUGUAGAGUUUAAUUAACUUUCAUUUGAAUUUGUUUUGUGCUUCAAACUCUUGGCAAGUAUGAAAUCUGUAAUUUCUUAUUUUUUCAUCAUAAUUUAAGAAAGUUUUAAUGAUCAAAGCUAGUAUAAAAAACACACAAGUGAUUAGCAUUUUUCAAUACAAAAUUAGAUACAGUAUAGCCAUAUAACAAAUUUAUGCCAAUUCUAAGUGCUUUCAGAUGUUUCUGUUUUAUUAUUUAAGGAUGUAAGGAUUUGUCAUGCUAGUCUGUUUCAUUGUGAAGAGAUUAUAUGGAUUAUUAACAUAUUUGUUGAUUUCCGGAGUGAAUGCAGGGUCUAUCCAUAUGUCCUUAAUAUAGGGCCUGACUUUCUAUAGAUAUUUACAUAUGCGUCAAAAGACCAUAUUUUACAGUUUGUGUCCUUAUAUAUUCAUAUACAUUUAAUGCUACACAGGUAAUAGUGACUUAGUAGUGCAGUUACUUUGUCAUUACAGAGUGUGUCCAUAUAUGGACAUGUACAUGUUAUACCUCUCUGAUCUGCUAUUUAUAUAAAAGUACCAACCCAAGAGUGUAGUAUGACACCAGUCAUCGCAACCUGUAUAUAUGGCAAGAGUUACAAAUAUAUGUUGGCGUUUAGAAAAAAAAGACCUUGAUUUUAUGCCUAGGGUGGAAUUUCGUUUCAGAUAUUUUGAAAAUUUUACUUUUGCAUAAUUGCUGAUUUUGAAACCAUUUUGCCAUGGGCAUCUUAUCUGAGAGAGGCAGACCCUUGUCCACUGAAACUAGAGCAGGCUUUCUUCAUUAACAAAUGUGCUAGUUUAUAUAUGCAUCAAAAUUUCAAAUAUUUCUGAUAUUCUGCAUCAGUAAUGAGAAAAAUGAUUCCAAAAACUUGAUUUUGAUAAAAAUUUUAUGCUACAAAUAUGAAAUUACUGUAUUGCAGUAUAACUAGGAAAGCUUAUUAAUUAGUAAUGUGUAUGACAAUUGGUUGUACAUUUGUGGAUAAAAUAAAAUGACAUUAAUCUUUGUAAUUUCA